AUGUCUACCUCACAAGUUUUGAAAUGGUUUCCAUGGCUGCAGACUCCCGUAAUUGCGAGUGCGCCUAUGGCGGGCCCUGUUAGUCCAGAACUCGCUGCUGAGGUGACCAAGGCGGGUGGUCUUGGCUUCUUGGCUUGCAUCGCAGAUCUCAGCGAAAACUCAUCCCAAGUCAUCCGGCUCGAUGCCGAGCUCAUCAAGAUCCGCCAGCUCCUCGGCGACAACGCCACCACGCCCUCCGGCCACCUCCGCAUCGGCGCCGGCUUUCUCACCUGCCACAGUUCCGUCGUCAACUUCGAGGCCUCGGCCCUGCCCAUCAUCCAGAAGCACAAGCCCGCCGCGGUGUGGCUCUUUGCGCCGCACGAGAGCAUCAGGCCGCAGAGGGAGAUUGUCCGGCUGCUAAAGGGGCUCGAGCUGCCGCCGCGGGUGUUUAUCCAGGUGGGCAAUGCGACGGCCGCCAAGGAGGCUAUUGACGAUGGCGCGGAUGUGGUGGUUGCGCAGGGAACGGACGCUGGAGGGCAUCAGUAUGUAAGAGGGAUGGGCGUGGUGCCGCUGCUGUCUGAGACGAGGAAGUUGGUGGAUGAGGGGGGUUAUGAUGUUGCCGUCUUUGCGGCGGGGGGGAUUACGAAUGGGAAGGGAGUGGCGGCUAUGCUGGCGCUGGAAGCUGAUGGUGUGGUAAUUGGUACAAGAUUCAUCGUUGCUAAAGAAAGCAUCCUCCCCGAAUUCCGCAAGAAGAUUGUCCUCGAUGCCGUUGACGGCGCCCUCUCGACGCUCAAGUCCACCUUCAACGACAAGAUUGCCGAUUCCGAUCUCUGGGGCUCGCUUUACGACGGGAGAGCCGUCGUAGGCCCCAUCCAUGAAAAGUUUCUCGCCGGGGCGUCGUUUGAAGACUGUCAUAAGAGCUUGAAGGAUGACUAUCCUCCUGAAGAGAGCGAGAAGAUGAUUAAUACUUGGGCAGGCGCCGGCAUUGGACUGGUGACAAAGGUGCAGCCUGCGGGUGAGAUUGUGCGUGAAGUACGUGAGGAAGCCAAGGAGGCUAUUCGCAAGGUUGCAGCUCGUUUCUAG